AUGCUUUCACUAAAAGCGAUUUUAUUCGGCUUUGCCGCCUUCUCAUGUGUUUUCGUGAUUGCUUCGUCAAAUGCAGAAAACGAUGGAAUAAAGAAAAGAUCGAUAACAAAUAAUGAUAUGAACCUGGAGGUUAUUGGCGUUAACAGUCGCAGUUCGAGUUACGAUGACAUCGAACUUCCCAUGUACACGUUCCGGGUGUCUAUGGACAACCGCGGCGACGAUUCGGUCAAGGUAUCUCAUCAUAUUAACGUCCCGGAUGGGGUAGAGGUUCGGUCUUUUACGUUGGACGUUUCUGAAAAUGCAACAAGGCAAAAAAGAAGUACCGGGCAGCAAUAUCCCUCUCAGACGGUUGGAGGAAUUUACAAUAUACAGAGUGGUGAAGUGAGCAAUUCCGUUAUGAAGUACAUUAACCACCCCAAUGAAGUUGCUGAACCUAAUUCGAAAACCUUUCAUAAACUCGGAUCAAGCAUUGUGGUGUUCGGAGGCAAUAUAGUAGCAGGUGAAAUAUAUUCUCCUAACUACCCGAACAAUUACCCCAACGGUGCUGAUAUAUUUUGGUUAAUUGCAUAUCCGACUGAAAAUGUUGUUCGUCUUGAUAUGUUGGACUAUGACAUGGAGGAGUGCUGUGACCAUCUUAUCAUUUAUGACGGUAUGAACAAGACUGCGCCAGUUUUAGCAACUUUCGACGGGACAUUCAUUGGACACGUUUCUUCAAUUGUAAGCACUGGAGAAGCCAUGUUUCUGCGUUUCACUUCAGAUUGUUUGGUUUCUGGAAAAGGAUUUCGAGCGUCUUAUAUCAACAUACCAUCAGCGGAUCCAAAUCCCAGUACUACUGCUCAAACACCUGCGACGUGCGGCUCCGUACAAUUGACAAGUGGUAAUUCAGGCUUUGUCUUGUCACCUAACUACCCCGGGCAAUAUGGUAACGGCAUGAAUUGCACUUGGUCAGUGCAGACAUAUUAUGGUACUCGGGUGCAGUUUGCAGUAGAAUAUUUCAACACACAGUACUACGACAGACUUUACAUAUACAAUGGAUCGCCUUAUAACCCCGGAAGCUAUAUAACCACCUUGUAUGGCAAUGUUUAUAGUGGAUACAGCGUGAGGGCAAAUUCAAACAAAGCAUUUCUUGUUUUUAGUUCAGAUUAUUCAUCGUCAUCUUACAAUGGCUUCAAUAUUUCAUAUGAAGGGAUAAAUUAUCAGGAGCCGACUACAACUAGUCGUCCAGAGGAAACUACUAAUUCAUAUUUUAGUCCGCAAUGCACUGGAACUCAAUACAUAAACACUAAUGUCGACAUAUACUCUCCCGGAUACUAUUACCCACAAUGGUACCCCAACAAUGCCUAUUGUCAGUGGAGGGUACAAGCACCGAAUGGGUACGGAAUUAUUUUACAUUCACACUAUUUCUCAAUUGAAAACUCUUCAGAUUGGGUGCGCUUCUACAGUGGAUAUGGGACAAGUUACUACAGCCUGAUAGGUGAAUACACGGGUGAUAUCUAUGGCCACCCGAAUCUUGCAUCUAUUCCAUCACAAUAUGCAACUCUGACCUUUCAAUCUGAUAACUAUGGAACAGAUCGAGGAUUCAACGUAGAAUUUUGGACUUAUCAUAUCUCCGCCACGACAGUAACAACGCCGGAAGAAAGUACAACAACAAAUGUAACAUAUUUUAGUCCACAGUGCAGCGGAAUUACGUAUGUUUGGGGAUCUCCUAAUAUAUUAUCUCCGGGAUACAAUUAUCCGAAUUGGUAUCCCAACAAUGCCGAUUGCCAAUGGAGAAUCCAAGCAUCCAAUGGAUACAACGCCUUGCAAUUUCAGACUCAUUAUUUCUCUGUUGAAUACUCUUACGACUGGGUGAAAAUUUACAACGGAUAUGGAAAUUAUUCUUCACAACUCAUUGCACAUCUCACAGGUUAUAUACCCGCACACACGUACAUCGCUACUUCAUCCUCACCUUAUGCAACGUUGCACUUUCAGUCAGAUUCUAUUAUACCUGAUAGUGGAUUUUACAUCCAUGUAUAUUCAACAAAUAUCUACCCAUCAAACGUUACAACUGCUCCCCCUGUUACCACACAGUCCAUGCUCAAUAGUUCAUGCGGGACAAGUUCUUUAGCUGGUUACUACGGAUAUAUUUCAUCGCCUGGUUACCCGUCGUAUUACUAUGGAAACGAUCUUGAAUGCCAGUGGUCUGUACAAACACCUUAUGGUACAUUUGUUAGAAUGAGGAUACAAUCAUUCUCGUUGGGAAGUGGUGACUAUUUGAACGUUUACGACGGCUAUUCUGCAAACAGUACACUCAUAGCAAAUCUGUGGGGAUAUGUUUCAUAUGGUUACAUUAUCGAUUCUUCGUCAAAUUUUGCCUUCCUUCGUUUUAUAACAAAUUCAUACUCAGUGUCGAGAGGUUUUAACAUCCGAUAUGAUGCAGAGUAUUCGACGUCUACAACAGAAGCGCCAACUCAAUCGACUGACUGUGGGGACACCUUAUACGGAAACAGUGGCACGAUUACUUCGCCAAAUUAUCCAGGAAGUUACGAAAAUUCCCUCGAUUGCACCUGGACCAUUCAUGUUUCUUCUUGGUAUUGUAUUCUAUUUGUAGUAGAGUAUUUUCACACAGAAAGUGUUCACGACUACGUCCAUAUAUAUGAUGGUACACCGGAACAACCAGGUUCGCAGCUGGCCUAUUUGAGCGGGUACUACGGAAACUCCAGUUCCCAAAUAAAGGCCAAUAACAACAGCGCUUAUAUUAAUUUCCACACUGACGGUUCAGUUGUUAAACCGGGUUUCAGCACACAGUAUUCGACAGUGAAUUGUGAUUAUGUUGUCACGGGUGCAACUCCAACAGAAGGGACCCCAAUAGAAGCAACUACGUAUUGGUGGCGUCAGUCAAAUGAGAGAAAUAAUCAAGAUGAAAACGAAGGAAGUUCCAACAUAAUUGGGAGAGACCUUUGGAAAGGUGCAAAGAACAGACCAAUAAGAAAUCGUCCACUAGGGGAAAUGGAAAAAAUGAACCUGGGGGUUAUUGGCGUUAACAGUCGCAGUUCGAGUUACGAUGACAUCGAACUUCCCAUGUACACGUUCCGGGUGUCUAUGGACAACCGAGGCGACGAUUCGGUCAAGGUAUCUCAUCAUAUUAUCGUCCCGGAUGGGGUAGAGGUUCGGUCUUUUACAUUGGACGCUCCUGAAAAUGCAACAAGGCAAAAAAGAAGCACCGGGCAGCAAUAUCCCUCUCAGACGGUUGGAGGAAUUUACAAUAUACAAAGUGGUGAAGAGAGCAAUUCUGUUAUGAAGUAUAUUAACCACCCCAAUAAAGUUGCUGAGCCUAAUUCGAAAACAUUUCAUAAACUCGGAUCAAGCAUUGUGGUGUUCGGAGACAAUGUAGUAGCAGGUGAAAUAUAUUCUCCUAGCUAUCCGAACAAUUACCCCAACGGUGCUGAUGUCUCUUGGUUAAUUGCAUAUCCGACUGAAAAUGUUGUUCGUCUUGAUAUGCUGGACUAUGACAUGGAAGAGUGCUGUGACCAUCUUAUCAUUUAUGACGGUAUGAACAAGACUGCGCCAGUUUUAGCAACUUUCGACGGGACAUUCAUUGGACACGUUUCUUCAAUUGUAAGCACUGGAAAAGCCAUGUUUCUGCGUUUCACUUCAGAUUGUUUGGUUUCUGGAAAAGGAUUUCGAGCGUCUUAUAUAAACAUACCAUCAGCGGAUCCAAAUCCCAGUACUACUGCUCAGACACCUGUGACGUGCGGCUCCGUACAAUUGACAAGUGGUAAUUCGGGAUUCGUCUCGUCACCUAACUAUCCCAGACAGUACGAUAACGGAAUGAAUUGCACUUGGUCAGUGCAGACAUAUUAUGGUACUCGAGUGCAAUUCACAGUAGAAUAUUUUAACACACAGUACUACGACAGACUUUACAUAUACAAUGGAUUGCCUUCUAACCCCGGAAGCUAUAUAACCACCUUAUAUGACAGUGUUUAUAGUGGAUACAGCGUGAGGGCAAAUUCAAACAAAGCAUAUCUUGUUUUCAGCUCAGAUUAUUCAUCGUCAUCUUACAAUGGCUUCAAUAUUUCAUAUGAAGGGAUAAAUUAUCAGGAGCCGAUUACAACUAGUCGUCCAGGGAAACUACGAAUUCAUAUUUUAGUCCAUUGGGUUCGAUUCUACAGCGGAUAUGAAACCAGUUACUAUAACUUGAUAGGUGAAUACACGGGUGAUAUCUAUGGCCACCCAAAUCUCGCAUCUAUCCCAUCACAAUAUGCAACUCUGACCUUUCAAUCUGAUAACUAUGGAACAGAUCGAGGAUUCAACGUAGAAUUUUGGACUUAUCAUAUCUCAGCCACGACCGUAGCAACGCCGGAAGAAAGUACAACAAAUGUACCAUAUUUUAGUCCACAGUGCAGCGGAAUUACGUUUGUUUCGGGAUCUUCUUAUAUAAUAUUAUCUCCGGGAUACAAUUAUCCGAAUUGGUAUCCCAACAAUGCCGAUUGCCAAUGGAGAAUCCAAGCACCCAAUGGAUACAGCGCCUUGCAAUUUAAGACUCUUUAUUUCUCCAUUGAAUACUCUUACGACUGGGUAAAAAUUUACAACAGUUAUGGAACUGAUUCUUCACAACUCAUUGCACAUCUCACAGGUUAUAUAUCCGGACACACGUACGUUGCUACUUCAUCCUCACCUUACGCAACGCUGCACUUUCGGUCAGACUAUACCGGAACUGAUCGUGGAUUUUACAUUCAUGUGUAUCAAACAAAUAUCUACCCAUCAUCUGAAACAACUGCCUUACCUGUUACCACGCAGUCAUUGCUCAAUAGUACAUGCGGGACAAUUUCUUUAGCUGGUUACUACGGAUAUAUUUCAUCGCCUGGUUAUCCGUCGUAUAACUAUGGAAACGAUCUUGAAUGCCAGUGGUUUGUACAAACACCUUAUGGUACAUUUGUUAGAAUGAGGAUACAAUCAUUCUCGUUGGGAAGUGGUGACUAUUUGAACGUUUACGACGGCUAUUCUGCAAACAGCACACUCAUAGCAAAUCUGUGGGGAUAUGUUUCAUACAGUUACAUAAUCGAUUCCUCGUCAAAUUUCGCCUUUCUUCGUUUUAUAACAAAUUCUUACUCAGUAUCGACAGGUUUUAACAUUCGAUACGAUGCAGAGUAUUCGACGUCUACAACAGAAGCGCCAAUUCAAUCGACUAACUGUGGUGACACCUUAUACGGAGACAGUGGCACGAUUACUUCGCCAAGUUAUCCAGGAAAUUACGGAAAUUCCCUCGAUUGCACAUGGACCAUUCAUGUUUCUUCUUGGUAUUGUAUUCUAUUCGUAGUAGAGUACUUUCACACAGAAAGUGGUCACGACUACGUUCAUAUAUAUGAUGGUACACCGGAACAACCAGGUUCGCAGCUGGCCUAUUUGAGCGGGUACUACGGAAACUCCAGUUCCCAAAUAAAGGCCAAUAACAACAGCGCUCAUAUUACUUUCCACACUGACGGUUCAGUUGUUCAACCGGGUUUCAGCAUACAGUAUUCGGCAGUGAAUUGUGAUUAUGUGGUCACGGGUGCAACUCCAACAGAAGGAACUCCAAUAGCAGCAACUACAUAUUGGUGGCGUCAGUCAAAAGAGAGAAAUAAUCCGGAUGAAAAUGAAGGAAGUUCUAAUAUAAUUGGGAGAGACCUUUGGAAAGGUGCAAAGAACAGACCAAUAAGAAAACGUCAACAAGGGGAAAUGCAAAAACCCUAAAGCGAUGACCCAAUACGCAGUUGGCAAUUUGUAAUAAUAUGCCUAGAGUGUAGUGAGUUGUAAUUUUAACUCAACUUUUGAGCCUGUAGCGUUUUUUUUUUAUUAUAUUUGACCAAUCCUUUUUUUUUUAAUUUUUCAUCUUUAUUGUUUGAUAUGUAACCUUUAGGAAUGAAUCGUAAUGCAUCAUAGAAGCAAGAGAACA